AUGGCAUUACCAUACAACCUCCAGUGGGCCCGUGAUGACCUUGACAAAGCUUUGACCAAGUUCGAUGUCAUCGGCGUUAGAGCCGGUCUCCAAGAAGUGCUUACACAGCUUUCUCUUGGUGUAGAUGUCUCUCCACUUCUUGGAUCAGUCAUCUGCGCUUCAGAAGCACACGAUAUUCCAUGCAAGCGUAUGGUCUACACAAUCCUCACAUCAAUCGCAUGCAAAGACCCAGAAACAUCAAUUCUCGUCACAAACUCUUUACUCAAAGAUUGUUCUUCCAACAACCCAAUCGUUUGCGGCAUGGCUCUUCGUGCUAUCUGCGAUAUCAAAGUUGCUACAAUGGCUGACGAGCUUCCAAAGAUCAUCGCUAUCGGUUUGGCAAAUUCUAACCCAUAUGUUCGUCGUAUGGCGGUUUUAGCUACAAUCCACCUGAACAAGGUUGCUCCACAAGCAAUCAAGGAGAAGGGUAUUGUCAACAGACUCUACGAGUUACUCCGCGACAGAGAUCCACAGAUUAUCUGUAAUUCCCUCUUUGCCCUUUCCGACAUUCUCAAGGACGAAGGCGGCAUCAACUUCGAUAUGAAGCUCAUCCACCACCUUGUUAACUCCCUUCCAAAGUUCUCCGAAUGGGCUCAAUCCGAAGCUCUUCAAGUCAUCUCCAAGUACACACCCGAUUCCGAUAAGGAGCGUUUCGACAUCAUGAACAUUGUCGAUCCAUACCUUUCCUCUGCUUCCGCUUCAGUUCUUGUUGCAGCAACCAAGGUUUUACUUGCUCUUACAGAUUCCAAGCAAGACCUCCAGCGCCAAGUUGUCCAGAGAGUUAUUCCUAAGUUCAUUACCCAUACAUCCGCAGCUUCCCCAGAAGUUCAGUACUCCAUCUUCAAACAUUUACACGUCAUGGCCAGGAGAUUCCCAGCCGCCUUCAAACCACACAUCCCACACUUCCUCGUCGCUUUCAACGAUACACCAUACAUUGCCGAGUGCAAAUUCGAAAUUCUCAAGAUCAUUACGGACGAAGUCUUCGCCCGCGAUGUUAUUGAGACCACCGCCAGAUACGUCCUUCUCGAGAAGCCAUAUACAAUCGAAGCAAGUAUCAAACUCCUCAGAGAUCUUGCUCUUUCCAUCAAUGGUGCCAUCAAGUUCGUCAUCAUGAAGUUCCGCUCUUUCUUCGACAUGAAGCGCAAGAACCUCAUCAACCAGUGCCUCAUUGUCCUUCCAGAUCUCAUGCGCCGGGUCCCAUCCGCUCUUCCAGAACUCGUUGCCCUCAUUCCAUCAGAGCCACCGUCAGAUCUCAGUGGCCCAGCUCUCGCCGCCUACGCAUGGAUCCUUGGCGAGUACGGUGACAAAGUUGCCGACUCAGUCUACUGCUUGGAGCACGUCAUGCUCAAGUUCUGGGACGACAAGAAGUCCACAAAGACAGCCAAUCCAAGUGCAUUGCCAUCCGCACACGAUGAGCAGUCAAUGAUGAAGAUUUCAUUGAUGACAUCACUUGCCAAGCUUUUGUUUGUCACACCAGGUGAAGCGCGCCCUGUUUUAGCUGCAGCACUCGCAAUGGGACUUCAUGAUGCACAUCCAGGUGUUAAAGCACGCGCUCACUUCUUGUUCCAGCUCCUCAAACAGGACAUCGACGCUGCAAGAGCCGCUUUACUCACAGCGAAGACAUCAACAGAACCAUUCGUUGAAGACGCUGAUGCAGAGAACAUCGAUAUGGUGUUCGAUGAAUACAACACAUUCUCGGUUGUUUUCGACAAGCCAGAAAGCGACUGGAACGUCAAACCAGAGGAAAUCGAACUGGAAGUCGAUGAGGAAGAAGAGGAAGGCGAAGGACACAAACUCGAGGAAAUCAACGAUGAGAUGACAAUCUCUCCAGAACAGUUCGAAGAGAUGUGGGGAUCUGAAGAAGGAAUUGUCACUGUUGAGGACUCAAUUUCUCUCGGUUACGAGUUGGAACUCGACUCAUUCGCUGAAGCUGUCGAAGAGGCAAACAUCAGAAUCAUCGCAAAGGGUUCGAACGAUGAAGGAAACACAAUCUUCGCUUACGGUUACGUUGAUGGAAAUGUUGCUCUCACUCAGUGCAUCGAGAAAGAGGGAGAAAUGUCAUUCUCAAUCAAGGCUGAAACAGAGGAAAUCGCUAACCAGUUCAAGGACUUCUGGCUUGAAUUCUUCAACGAGUAA